AUGAUAGAAAAUUUCACAGAAGCAAUUAAUUUAAUUUCUUGGGAAUUGUUAUUGCCUCAAAUUAAAUUGAAACUCUUAACUCAACAAGCUGAAGAGAAUGACAAGAAUACAAAAGAUGAUCAGAUUGAGCAAAACAUUUCUGGUGACAAUGGAAACAAUGGUCAACUGAAUCAAACUCAACAAACAGAAAAUGGUGACAAUAGAGAAGAGCACACAGACAUUGAGAAGAAUGCACCCAUGCCAAUUAUGGAUUUUCUCAAUCUGUUAUUAGGCUCAGAAACCUGUCAAAUUAGUGAAACUCAAAGGGCCCUUUGGACAAGAAUUCAGAAGGAGCUGAAUGAAAUUCUUGACAAUCCAGCAACGUUUCUGGAACACCUCCCAGAAAUUAUUGCUAAGAGAGAAAAACCCGUUGAUCCAAUAACAAAUGAAGUUGCAAUCCCCAAUAUAUAUUUAAAGGCAGCAGAGGCUCGGAAGCUUUUUGGCAUGGCUAAAGCAAGUGAUGCUCCCCAAGAACUGGAAAUUACGAAAGACGCUAUCAAGCAAACUGCAUUAGACUACAUUGGAAAAGGUUUGAAACUCACCACUGUCUACAAUUUCAUGGACUAUUCCACAAGCAAUAGACGAAGAUCUGAGUCUACCUUAAAGCAGGAGGACAUUUUAAGCUUAUUGGUGACACCUCCAAAACACCAAAAAGAAGGUCAAGCAAAGCAAAAGCACUUCAAAAUUUUGAUGAGCAUCAGCACCAAAACUUAG